AUGGCAGUUCUUCUCCGGCGUCUCGUUCAUCUCCUUCUCCUUCUCCUCCUCCUCGCCGCCGACGUGCCCAUCUUCUGCCGCGCAGCGCCGGCGGCGGACGCCACCGCGAUGGCCUCCAUCGCCCAUUCCCUGACCGGCGUCCCAUCGAAUUGGGUUCCAGGUAACGAUCCUUGCAACCCAAAAUGGGAUUUUGUAAGCUGCACCGCCGGCCGUGUCGUCUCCCUCAACCUCGGCAACCUAUCCCUCUCCGGCGUGCUCUCCGAAUCCAUCAAUGGCCUUGUUGCCCUCACUUCCCUUCAACUCCAACACAACAACAUCUCCGGCCCUCUCCCAUCCUUCUCCUCCCUCUCAAAUCUCCAGCAAUUGCUUUUAGAUUUCAACUCCUUCUCCUCCGUCCCUGAUGAUUUCCUCUCCGGUUUCACCGCCAUUCGGUUAAUCAACCUUGACUCCAAUCCCUUCGUUCCUUGGUCGAUAUCCAAUGCGGCAAAUGUUUGUGUGAAUCUUCAAAGGUUUUCGGCUAUGAGAGCUAACAUGAUCGGUACCAUUCCGGAGUUUUUCGGCUCGUUUUCGUUCUUGCAGUAUUUGAGGCUUCCUUAUAAUGAUCUCUCCGGGGUUAUUCCUGUGUCAUUGGUUGGAUUGAAGAAACUCAGAUAUGUUGAUUUCACUGGCAAUAAUCUCAGUGGGGUGGUGCCAAAUUUCAGCCCUAAUGUCACCUUGAUGGUGUCUGGGAAUCCUUUUCUUGUGCAUGAUGAAAAUGGAAGUGGAAGUGGAAGUGGAGGCAGUCCUGCUCCUUCUCCUUCUCUGGUAGUAAGUCCUCUUCCAUCAUUCAAUCCUAUUACUCCACCAUUCAAUCCUAUUAUACAUAAGCCCCCUCCUCUUCCUGCACCGCCUAGAAGCCCUUUACGGCCACCACCACCACCAGAUGUGCAUAGAUUGCAUCCUUUGUCUGCCGGAAGGGGAGAAAGAAAUUUGAUAUGA